AGGGAAGUGUGUUCAACUGUCAAGCAGACAGACAGCUCAGCUGAAGGAAGAGCAUGGAAAUCCACACAGAAAAUGAUUCUGAAGGGCACUGACCACACAGGGUCUCACUAUGUAGUGCUGGCUGCCUUGGAGUUCACCUUCCUUGACAUCCAGAUCCUCCCGUCUCAGUCCCAGUCCCAGUACCCUAAAUGGUGGGAUUACAGAUGUGCACCACCAUAGUCAGCAAAAGAACAGUUGAUCCUUGGGAGAACAAAAGGUGUGAGUGCAAGAAAGGAUUAAUGAGGAGAGGGUGCUCCCAAGGGACAGGCUCCACAGAACAGUUAGAAGUGAAAAUCAAACUGUCAAGUGGGUUGCUGAGAUGUCUAUGAGGUUUUUCUCCUCUGUCUCUUGACCUCGUAGGUCAGCUUUACACAGCUCCAGUUAAAGCUGACACAAGGUUCAUCCCCCAGCCCACCCAAGGUUACAGACGCUUAGACAGCUGGUGGCAAAGCGACCCUACACUGGCUGGCCGUGUGCAAGUGCACUAAGGUCACCACAGUUGCAGCUUUCGUGAGUCAGCGCCCAGUCGGUGAUGGGCUGUGCAGUGACGCAGCUGCCUUCAAGGGGUCCCUGCUCCUGUAUCCCUUCGCCAGUGCUCCUGGAACUGAUUUUGGUAAAGUCAUUGGCUUAUCAAGUUGGUCUGUGGUGUGUCUUGGUUUGAAUGGGAAACGUUCCCCUCUGGGCUAAUGUAUUUGAACACCUGCAACCCAAUUGGCAAGGUGGAUAGCACAGAGGGCCUUCUCAGGAUGGUGGGAUUAUUCUGUAUAAUACUGCAAAGAAUAUGUGUCGAUAGGCAUCUCAUCCACAGAAAGGAGACAGGGAGAAAGAGGUUUGGCCCGUCACGGGCUUUUGAAACCUCAGAGCUUACUCCCAGUGGCACACUUACUCCAACAAACCACAUGUCUUAAUCCUUCCCCAAAGAGUUCCAACAACUAGAGGCUACGAGCAUGGAACAUCUCUGUGACCCACUGUACACACACCAAGGCAGAAGAAGAGCAGUUGGCAGCCCUGGCCAGUGCUAGAGAAAGCCUAUGUGGGGGGAGGCUCAGGCCGGAGGGCCCCAGGAAGUGACCUCACUUUCCUCACAAUGGUCCAGAUGUUACUUGGCAUCCUGGUUGCCAGGUAGCCAGAGGCGGGCAGUAGCCUCACAGUUCAGGCUGACUCACUUUUCCUGAGACACUCAACGAGUGAGGAUGUUGUCCUGUUUUAGGAAAACUCGUGGCUCAGGCCACAGAAAAGGCAAGGGUGGUCUCCUUGGCCACCUUUGGGGCCUUCUCACACACGUCUGGUCAUCUUGUACCGGGCAAGACCAGGUAAGACAGGCCAGCCUGGAGCAGGAGUCCUUUCUGGUCCCCCUAAUCUACUGCAAUCCCUGCCUGGGGCUGGGUUCCUCUGAGAACACUGGGGAACAUUCUUUAUGCCCACUUGUCCCUUCAGUGUGUGGUAAUGGGUUGUUGAUGUCUCUCAGAGUUUCCACAUUUGAGCUCCUUCCUUUCUUGGUCCUUCCUCAGGCUCAAGAGGAUUUCGAUCGCCUAUGUAGACCGCUCAAAUUUGACUACAGAAGUCCCUAUUUCAUAGAUAAAGUCGUGUCUUAUCUCCCGACUGCUCUCAGAAAGGGGAAAUACGACUUUGUGGAUGCUUUCCUUGCUGUCUAUCCCGCUUUCGCCACCACCCUGAAGGUGCUGGUAUUAAUAACGGACAAGAUUAUGUAUGGAUGUCCCCAUGCUGGCUUUCCGAGACACUACAUUAGAAAGAGGUGUGGAUCUCUCCAUGAUGACUUUCUGGAGCACUACAUUAUAAAGAGAAACAUUCUAUACUUUCUGAUACACUGGAUGCAGAAAAUGCCAGAGGAUUUUAGCACGGCUCUGGAUCGGAUGAUCCUGAAGAGACUUCUGGACUACCUGUACCAGUACUUUCCUCAAGUAUUCCACCGACUGCGUGUCCAGACGCUCGUGUCACAGCUGGGGGUGCAGAAGUCCGCGGAAACGCCUGAGGAAGAUGAGGAGGCCAGAGAUCGUGGGUUCCGCAGGGCAACAACAUCAUUAGCCCCGAUACCGGAUGCCACAGAGAUGCAGGAGAAGAAGCUGCAUCCUUCACCACCUUCUGUGGCAGGGCCACCGGGAGACCUGACACCCAAAGAGGACACUGAGAGCGCGGAUUCGGCAACAGGGGGACCAACUCUGCCCGAGGAUGCACCGGAGCAGCUUAAACGCACAUCAGCCGAUUCCGUGCAUGUGAUCAUCCCUAUCCAAACUGCUGAGCACAUCCCUGCAGUUGUGCCUGUUGUCCCACUGCCUGAUGAUGAUGUGUAGAGAACCAAAUCACCUACGGAGUUCCACCUGCAUGCAGAAACUCUGCUUCCCUAUAUAGGGAAAAUGUCCCUGUCCAUUUUGUUUAACUCUUUGUUGCUGUUGUUGAUUUCAUUGUUAUAGUGUUGUUUAAUGUUGAUUAUCAAUAAAAUUUUCGUCCUCAUUUUAA